AGUGUGAGGCGCGUGGUGGAGAGCGGGGCGGUGCCGAGCGGGUUCUUACGGCGUGCGGGGCCGCGGCGGGACGAUGGACGAUUUCCAGGCGGGGGAGGAGGUAACGUUCGGGGGUAGGGCGGCGUUAGGGUUGCCCCGGCGUCUUUUUUCGGGAGGCCGUGGGCCGGCGGAGGGUCUCGCGUUCGCCCCUCAGCGCUCCCCGGGCCUCUGGGAGCCCCCGGCCGCGUCGCGCCCAGCGCUGGGCGAUGCCGGCGGUGUCUGCGUGCCGGGCAGCGGCUGGCGGAGGGCAGGAGAAGGGCUCCUUCGUGUGCCCAGGGCCUGCGGUGCCGCUCCUGCGGAGGGCCGGCGUUCUGAGCGGGACGACUCCACUGCACUGUUCUUAAGCACGUCCGCCGUGACUCGGUCAGACAAUAGCAAAGCAGCUGUAGAGAUGGAGGCGUGUCGGAUUCACGCUGCUUUGUCCUGGUUGCUGUGCUAUGCAGGUGGGGCCGCCCCAUCUCUGGAGAUGCCCAAAUGUCACUCGGAGCUUUGAGAGGAGGCUGAAGGCGACAUCUUUUGUUGUUGACGAAGUCAGUAACAUCAUUAAAGAGGCCAUAGAAAGCGCAAUAGGUGGCAAUGCCUACCAGCACAGCAAGGUGAACCAGUGGACAACAAGUGUGGUGGAACAAUCUCUAAGCCAGCUCACCAAGCUGGGGAAACCUUUCAAGUAUAUUGUGACCUGUGUGAUAAUGCAAAAGAAUGGCGCUGGGCUACAUACAGCAAGCUCUUGCUUCUGGGACAACUCCAGUGAUGGAACCUGCACUGUGAGAUGGGAGAAUAAGACUAUGUACUGUAUUGUCAGUGCCUUUGGACUCGCAAUAUGAUUGCCUUGGAAUUGGUUGUACUUCACCUCUUUUCUACUCCGGCACUUGAUUCCAUCUCUGCUCAAACUGUGAAUGCACUGAACAACUUCCAGUUUUAAUGUACUUUUUCAGUAACUUUUUUCAAAUGUGAAAACAUGCUGUUCCAUGGUUUGUGUUUGUAUUUUUAGUAUUGUACCAGUGUUGCCACGCUGUCUUAAAUCUUUGAGAACUUCUCUCUAAGGUGCUAAUACUGAAAUCUGCUGCAGCGUAAACAUUUUCUCUAGGUUUCUUUUUUAAAACCAAAUUAAAUAAGACACCGACUUUCACACUUCGUACUUUCAGUUAGCAUUAAAUUAUUGAAAUUCAUAA